AUGGCUGAAAGUGAGAUGGGACCGGGUGGAAGUAAGGCAGCAGGUCUUUUCAAACAGCCUCAGGAGUUCAAAACAGUUUUGGGUCUGAAAGCUCGCCUGAAGGUCUUUGUCAUUUCUGAGAAAGUAAGUAGAGCUCUGCAGAACCCAAAAGUGACAGUCUCAGAAACAAAGCGAAUGACCAGCACACUGAGAAGUGCAUUUGCCUGCCUGAGAACUGACAAAGAAUAUCUUGCUAUCUGGGAAGAAAGUAAUGUGAUGGCGAAAAAGCUACAAUUGGAAGCACCACUCUUGCCCCGACCCAGGAAGUUGUCAAGAAAGAGAGGCUUGGAUAUCGGGGAAGAAGUUGCACAGAUCCAGCCUGAGCCUUCAACAGUUGAGGAACUAUUCAGAGUGAAGCACUGGCAUCCUCUUGUUCAUGUGCUGACUGAAGCUAUGGACAGACGGUUUGGGGAAUUUGGGACGUCAGUGGCAGCAUCGUUGGAACAGCUUGUGUUUAAAAGUGCACCACAGCAGGACUUCAACGAAGAGAUUGUCGUUGUUGAAAAACAUUAG